GAGGAAGGCAUCAUGGCGGCUCGCGUAGGCCGGUCCCAUGAGGCGUAGCCGGGUCGGUCCAGUGUCCGGUGAGUGGCUGGCGGGGUCGCCCCCGGCGAAUCAGCCUGGCUGCUGCCCUGGAAUCAUGAAGGGCCCCGGGACUGACCGGCUGCCUCCGGCCGCGGCGGGGGCCAGGGGGCUUGUGAGUCCCCACGAAAUUCUGCAGGUCUGCAAGUAAAAUCCCUGAAGAUGCUGGUACCAAAAUGUGUCUUCCAUUUGUGGCAUGCUGUUCAUGAGAGGAACAGAAUCCUGUCUGGUCUCAGUACAUCAGAUUGUUCCAUGAAUUAUAAUGCAUUUUACCUGGUGUCCAAAGACCUGUUUCUAUGGGCUUGAACCUCAUUAAGGCCCUGUCUUCUGAGCUGGCAUUUGAAAGCUGUUUAUAAAACGGUAGCAAAAAUGAACAAUAAAGUUGGUUGUUUGAUAAGGACAAUGAGACAUUUGCAUGUAUCUGGUUCUAAACUGGGUCCCAGCUUUAGAAUGGCGAUGAGGACAUACACAUUAGGGAUCAGUAGACAUAAGAGUGCCAUACAAAGUGUGAACCUGAGAAGAUUCCUGUUAAAUGUUCCUCCUCACCGGCUUGAAUCAUCUCUCCGAUUGCUGUCUCAUGGGGCGCCUGUUUAUAGUAAAGGAGAUGCCACUGUACAAGAACAGAAAGCUGCAAAGUCUCUAUUAGAUGAACAUAUGCAAAGUUCAUCUAGUGCCUUGGACCCUCUAGAAGAAGAUAGAAGUGUUGUUGAAGAGAAUCUGGUAGUGAAGAGCGAAAGGAGUCAAUCACAGCAGUUCUUUGAUGACCUUCAAAAAUGCACAUCUCCCUGUGAUGUAUUAGACCUAGUUUCAAAGUCUGCUAUUUCUGAGAAGCAUUGUAGUAACUGUUUUACUACUAUGUGGGUGCUCACCAAAAAGUUGUCUGAAGACCAGAAGCGUUAUGAGAAACAACUGAUGGUGGAGCAUCCUGCAUUCAUGCAGCUAUGUCAGCGUCUGAUGCAAGAGUCUAGGAGCAUGUGGUGUGAUGACUUGGUAUACAGUCUGCAUGCUGUGGUGAAGCUAGGGGUAUCCCAGAACACUCGACUGGUUCAGACUUUGCUGAGGGUCUCUCAGGAGCGCCUCAAUGAAUUUGAUGACCGAUGUCUCUCUGUUGUGUCAACCACCUUGGCAACCAUGGAAAAAAGCAGAAAUGUGGAUGCUCUUCAAGCUGGAUUACAGUUACUGGUGGAGCAGCGAAUUCCAAAGAUCAGUAACAUUUUUAUGUUGCAAAGCAUGAUGAAAUGCAUUGGAAAAGAUGCCCCACUCUCUCUCAAAAGGAAAUUUGAGAAUAGAGUUUUGAAAGAGCUGGACCACUUGACUCCUCUGAAUGCUCAACACAUGUUUAGUGCUCUGGCUGCGAUGAAUCACUGCUCCAUGCCAAUCCUGGAUGCCUGCAGUAACAAAAUCAUUGAGAGUAUCCAUGGUACUCCAUUUUGGCAGUUAAUCCAUGUUCUGAGAUCAUGCAGCAUCCUCCGGUACCGCAAUGUAGUUUUGUAUUCAGCAAUAGCAAACUACGUGACUUCAGCCAUCUACAUGUGGGACACUAAACAGAUUGUCCUGUUUUUGUCUGCCUUUGAGGGACUUCGCUUUCGACCUGUUGAGCUGAUGGAUAUUUUGGCUGAGAAGGUGACAAGUCAUCCUGAAUCCCUGAACCUGAAGGAUAUUCUAAGUAUUCUCCGGGUGUAUUCACUUCUCAACCACGUUCCCAAAUGCCAAAAUCAGGAGUUCCUGGAGUCUCUCAACAGUGCCUUGAAUAAGUACCUCACCAGGAUUUCUAAUGUGGAUCUGCUGAAGGCAGUGUAUUCAUUUUGCAUUUUAAAGUAUCUGCCCCAGCCUGCACUUAGUCAGCUCCUGCAAGGGGACAACCUCAAUGAGUUACUAAAAUCAGAUGGCCUUAACAAGGAGCAGAAUGAAAUGAUGCUGCACUGUGUGAACAUGUGUCUGGAACUUGAUAGUCCUCCUUCAUUCACUAAGCCAGCAACUGUGUUUAUAAAUAAACCCUCAUCACCUUUGGUUUCUGAUCUCCCUGAGGUACAGGAGGCUCUCCUGAAACUUCUGGGAGAUGAGCGUAUGGUUCAGCAAAACAUCCAACUGCCACAUGGUUACAGCAUUGAUUUUGAAAUCAAAAUGGAUGCAGACAGAAAAAAAGUGCUUCCAGUAACUGAAGUAGAUGAUCCUGCUGAUGUUCCAAAUGUUCAACGAGUGGCUGUUCUCUGUGCUCCUCCAUCUGCUUUCUGUUUUGGCACAAGACACCCCCGAGGCAAGCUGGCAAUGAAGAUGAGGCAUCUGAAAGCACUGGGCUAUCAUGUGAUACUGGUCCACUACCAGGAGUUUAAAAAACUGAAGAAAGAAGAAGCAAUUGAGUGUUUGAAGGGAGAAAUCUAUUCAGCAAAUGCUUUUCCUUUUUCCGAUGUGAAUUUGCAGGAUAAUAUUUAAAAUGGACUGAGAACUUCGGAUCUCCUGCUUUUUUCCCAUCACAGCCAUUCACAAGAAGACGGAAGCAGUUUCAUAUGUUCCGGAAAAAUGCCUCAAGACAUUAUACCCUGUAGAAAGUUUGUAAAUUCAACUAUAUCUACUGAAGGAGUUCUUUAGCAAUAGAAGCAGUUCCUUUCAAACCUGUGUUCCAGAAUGUUAUAGCUAAGGCUCCUUAAACAAUAAUUGACUUCAUUUAAAAACAAACAAAAAAAAACAUCCUGCAUUUAAUGUUGAAACUAUCUCAAAUGUAUCUUUUUUUUUUUUUUUUUUUUAAACUACAUCUAGGCUACUCCAGUGGGCCAAACUUUUCAUGUGUUCUUGAACUGGGGGAGUGUGACAGUCUUUCAGAGCAGUUGGGACCAUGACUGCUCUCACUGUAGUGAGAAUGGGAUAACAAGUCAAUCUGUCUUUAGCUUUCAGUAAGAACUCCAGCCAGAAAAGCAGUAAAUCAUUACAUAUUGACUGGAGUGGAAAUCAAAACUCCCAAAUCUCUUGAUAAGUUUGUAACUCAGAAAAUAACUUUCUAGUCUCGUUUUCAGAAGUCUGGGACAGCAAAUGAUUCUUUAUUCUCCAUGCUUUUUCUUCAGUCUGAAGCCUUUCCCCCUGUUAUAAAGCACUCUGAGAGUCAUAGCUAUAAGAUCCUGUCCUCGUAUAAAUUGCCUUGUGAUGUCUUCUUGUGUUUCAGUAUUAGCUCUUCCAAGACUACUCACAGCUAUUGCACAAUACUUAGGAAGGAGUACUGCAGAAAGGGAUGUGGGGGUCAUAGUGGACCACAAGCUAAAUGAGUCAACAGUGUAAUGCUGUUGCAAAAAAAGCAAAUAUCCUUCUGGGAUGUAUUAGCAGGAGUGUUGUAAGCAAGACAUGAGAAGUAAUUCUUCCACUCAACUCUGCACUGAUUAGGCCUCAACUGGAGUAUUGUGUCCAGUUCUGGGCACCACAUUUCACGAAGGAUAUGGACAAAUUGGAGAGAGUCUAGAGAAGAGCAACAAAAAUGAUUUAAAGGUCUAGAAAACGUGACCUAUGAGGGAAGAUUGAAAAAAUUGGGUUUAGUCUGGAAAAGAGAAGACUGAGAGGGGACAUAACAGUUUUCAAAUAUGUAAAAGGUUGUUGCAAGGAGGAAGAAGAAAAAUUGUUUUUCUUAACCUCUGAGAAUAGGACAAGAGGCAGUGGACUUAAAUUGCAGCAAGGGAGGUUUAGGUUGGACAUUAGGAAAAACUUUCCAACUGUCAGGGCAGUUAAGCACUGGAAUAAACUGCUUAGGGAUGUUGUGGAAUCUCCAUCUUUGGAGAUUUUUAAGAGCAGGUUAGACAGACACCUGUCAGGGAUGGUCUAGAGAAUAUAUAGUCCUGCUGCGAGUGCAGGGGACUGGACUGGAUGACUUCUCAAGGUCCCUUCCAGUUCUGUGAUUCUAUGAUGCAACACAACAUCCAUUGGCCCACUACGUAAUAGAGGAUAAAUCAGAAUCAUGGUGGUAUUGCCUACUGAUGUAAAUGUGAAGUUCAAAGAAUGCUCUAAGUUGAAGGAGUGGAAGAGGCAGACAUAGCUCUUCCAUCCUGUUCUUGAAAAUACUCAUUAGUACUUGCCUUCAAGAGUCAGUCAAUGAAACACUUGCAUUUUUUUGUCAAGUUAUUUUUUUGUUUUAAUGAAGUGCAAUUUUGAAUAGGGGUAUUUUGGACAUUUACUUAGUAACAGCAUUGAAACUUGUGGUCUUCAUAGAAUAUCAGGGUUGGAAGGGACCUCAGGAGGUCAUCUCGUCCAACCCCUUGCUCAAAGCAGGACCAAUCUCCAGUUUUUGCACCAGAUCCUGAAAUGGCCCCCUCAGGGAUUGAACUCACAACCCUGGGUUUAGCAGGCCAAUGCUCAAACCACUGAGCUAUCACCCCCCUUACAAAUCUGUUACCCAUUUCUGCAUUAUGGUCAGUCCUGUGAUAAUGAGAUUGUUCAACCAGAACAAGUAAAUAUAUGUUAGAGCCUUUGGCAGUAACCUUAUUCAACCAAAUGGCGGUGCUCUUGCUUCGCAUCAUGGUGAGCUGUGAACUGCACGCUUCUUUGUCUCUGUAUUCGGCUGAGGAUUUGGCUGAAGCUUUGCAGUGAUGUGGUAAAAGAAUUAAGGUGAAAAGAAGAAAUGAGGCAUUAUUUUAAUUUGCUGCCGUACCCUUCACGGAGUAGGUCAGCUGAAUAUGAUAUAUAUUUGUGGAGAGAACUUGCUAGUAAAGAUAUGUACAGAGUUAUGACUGGUAACAUACCACAAGAAGAGCUGUCCUUGCUGGUUUUCAGACUGGCUGAAAUCCUGAAGCAUGGAAAUUCUGCCAGAAAGCCUGAACUUGUGAGAUUUAAAACUGGAUUUUCAGACCAAAGCGAUUUGCUCGUUGAUGGGAUUUCCCUUUUUCUGGAUCAGAUGCACCAAGAAAUACCGAUUAUCUGAAUUAACCUUUCCUUUUCUUCUAGCCAAGAUGGCAUGCAAGCGAUUUUCUUUUGUCAACACUACGUUAAAGGUGUAGAGUACUCAUGACCACUGCACUGAAUGAGUGACCACUGGAAAAAACAGUAGUGGGUGGAACCAAUGACCCACCUCAUUACACUAGUUAUAAUGUAAUAGGCCCGAAUAGAAGGCAUAUUUCAUGCCAUAUGCAAUGUGAUAGUACCUUGCUCCUGCUGUAUCACUAGCUGUUUGUAUUAUUCUUGCAUCUUAUAAAUACUGUGCUAUAAACACUCAGCUAUAGAAUAGUUAUGAAAGAUAUUUGUUCCCACUGAGGACUUCGGUCUUUCUUCAGAUUUUCUGAGUCUUUUACCCUAUUCUUUCCCUCCUACUGUGGAUUCUGCUUGUUAGCAACCUCUCAGAUCCCAGCAAAAAGUUGCUAUUAUCUAAAGGUUGCCAGUAAGCAGAAAGUUAGUCCGUAGGGGUGCAGCUAGGGAAUGAAGCACUGGGACAUGCGUGGUACCUUUCCCUGCCCACAAACCUGCCUACAUCUGGGAGGGGCAGCUACAUGCAGAGUAGCAGGGGGGAUGCAGCCCAGAUGCUGGGGCUUUCCAUAUGGGUGUUUGGGGGUUGCGGGGCUGCACAGUACAGGAGCCUGGGCUUGGCACGUCCCAGUUCUUCCUCCCCUGGCUGCAGCCCCGCAAACCUCCCUGCUGCUGUCCUGCCUGCAACCUCCCCUCCCAGCCACAGGCAGGGCUGCAGACGGGAGGCACAUCAAAAAGUUGUCAGCAGCAUGCCUGUUGCCAAUAUCCAAAUCCUAUUAACAUUAAAGUCAGUGGGGCGGGAUUAGAAAAUGUUGCUACCCACAGGAAGUUGAUAUCAGGAUUCCUAUUAAGUGGCACCCACUGUGUUUGCCUCCUAGCGUUUCCCUCUAGCUUGAGUGUGAAUAUCAUUCAUUGUACAGUUGCGACCAUGCCAUGGCAUCUAAAAUACCACAAGAUUUUCAGGUGUCAAUCAUCGAAGGCCAAAUUCCAUUUUUAGGCAUGAUUCCUGGGCCAGAGUAUAUAUUUCGGAUAACAUGCUCCCACUGAUGUCAAUGGAAAAUUUUUACAUAGAUCAAGUAUAGAAUUUGACAGUAACUCAACUUAUUAGUUACUAUUCUUUAUUAAGUACUUUGUUUUUCCAUUCAGUAUUGCUUAGGGGGAAAGCAUAUGGCCCCCUCAUGGGACCACCACCCACUUUUCACUUUCAUUUCUCUUUCUGUCCCUCUUCCUUUUCAUUCUCUCCUCCUUUCUUCCCUCUGCAUUUCUUUCCUCACAGCAAUUCGUAAUUUCUCAGUACCCUUGGUUUUUCUCCCACCCAUUCCAUCUAUUAAAUGAUCAGCAAUAAAGUUAAUGUUGACCCUAAA